AUGGAAAUCUCUUUCUAUCACUCAAAAUUCAACAAUUUUCACUUACUUCAAUCUUGGAAGAAGCAAGGAAAGUUGCCGCUGUUGCCAUCUCCGCAUCCACAAUUGACUGCUAGCCGUGGAAACUACUCCUGUUGCUCUUCUUUAAGGCAAUCAAUCUGGAGGAAUACAAAAUUAUAUGCAGUCCCAGGCUGUACAACUUUGGGCACAAGUAGACAAGCAUGUGUCUCCCUUCAUUCUUUCUCCCAAGAAAAGAAGUAUAAUACCGGUUAUGGAAAUAAUAGCUUUUAUAGACAAUAUAGAUCAUUGAGACGCAUUAUUGCUAGGUCCGAACUUGCUAAUACUAGCUCAGCUGGUGCUGCUUAUCCACUGUCAGAUCUAGAACUGAGGUCAAAAGUAAGAGCGAUUGGCUUUUACACUGUCACUGCUUUGUCUUCCAUCUUUUUGUUCUUGCUCAUGCUUGUGCAACAUCCUUUUGUACUGUUGUUUGAUCGAUACCGUAGAAGGGCUCACCAUCUUGUUGCCAAGACAUGGGCAACCUUGACCAUUACUCCAUUUUAUAGCGUCGAGUUUGAGGGCUUGGAGAAUCUUCCUUCUCCAGAUACUCCUGCAGUAUAUGUGUCCAACCAUCAGAGCUUUCUGGACAUAUAUACAUUACUUACUCUUGGGAGAAGUUUCAAGUUCAUCAGCAAAACUGCAAUUUUCCUAUUUCCUAUAAUUGGAUGGGCCAUGUAUCUGAUGGGUCUGAUUCCAUUAAGGCGCAUGGACAGCAGAAGUCAAUUGGAAUGUCUCAAGCGUUGCAUAGAUCUAAUCAAGAAGGGGGCAUCUGUCUUUUUCUUCCCUGAGGGUACUCGGAGUAAAGAUGGAAAGUUAGGCCCUUUCAAGAAAGGUGCCUUUAGCGUUGCUGCCAAAACCGGAGUGCCUCUGGUUCCAAUUACUAUUACCGGCACAGGCAGAAUAAUGCCAGCAGGGCUGGAGGGUAGAGUAUAUCCAGGAUUAGUUAAAGUUGUUGUCCACCGGCCUUUAAAAGGUAAUGAUUCAGAUGUGUUGUGUAGCGAAGCCAGGAAUGUGAUAAAGGAUGUGCUCGUUCAUCAAGGCUGAGGGAUCUGCUCGACAUGUAUUUUCGUCUUAUCUUUUUCACCUAAGCAUCGAAUGUUUUAAGGAUUCACUAUUCAGGGAAUAUGCGCAAACAGGGUUUUUACAUUGUGAGCAGUUUCAUUCAGGCUAAAAAGGAUAUGAACCUUGUUCUGCAUUAAUGCUUGAAUGAUAUAUUGUAUCAAUCAACAGAGAGAUCUUGUCGGGGUUGAAAAGUGAAUAUUGGCCGUGUCCUCUUUUGUUGGGAUUCGCAGCAGGCUCAUUUGCUUGCCCUGCUCUUCUCAAUUGCCAUUACAUCAAUAGGGUGCCUUUUGUGCCAAUACUCGUUCGUACAAGGCUACGAAGAUUUCCCAGAUAUAAGUUUACAUUCUGGCACUGACUGUGAAUAAUUUUUACACCAUCUGAUUAAGUCAGCCUAUGAUAAUCGUUAACACUAUAUGAAGCUGGUAACCUGGAAAUAGAGUAAUAACGUGUUAUAACUGGUUAAA